GCCGGUCGGCGAGGCAAGCUUAAUCCCUACGGAUAACGUGGUCGUCUUCCGUCGUCUGGGCAGGAUGAUGGCGGCCGUAUCGCGAACCGGCGCUCUCAUCUCCUCUGCCUUCGUGGCAGGCCGCCACGGGAGGAGAUUCUCUUCCCUCGCCUUCUCCGGCAGAAGAUUCUCCAUCCGGUCCGAUCGGAAUGCGGGGGGAUACUGUGGCGGCGGACUCCUCUCCUUCCUCCCCUCCUCACGUGCCAAGGGGGUCUGCUCCACCUUCGCGCCCCACGCGGCGGUGGAAACCAGCGGUGCCGCCGCGGAGGAUGCUUCUACUCCGCCGCCUUCCGACCCGGUGAAGAAAGCGGCGGAUGCUUUGGAUAUCAGGGUCGGGCGCGUCCUGAGGGCGUGGAGGCAUCCCGAGGCGGAUACGCUCUACGUGGAGGAGGUGGACGUGGGAGAGGCCGAGCCCAGGACCAUCUGUAGCGGCCUCGUCAACUACAUCCCCUUAGACCACCUCCAGGAUGCUAAAGUAGUUGUUCUAGCUAAUCUCAAGCCUCGGAACAUGUGUGGCAUUAAGUCGAAUGGAAUGCUAAUGGCUGCUUCGGACAAAUCUCAUGAAACUGUUGAGCUUCUUAUACCUCCAGAAGGUUCAGUCCCUGGUGAGAGAAUUUGGUUUGGCUCAGAAGAUGAAAAAGAUAGACAACCUGAAGCUGCAACACCUAAUAAGGUCCAAAAGAAGAAGAUAUGGGAAUCCGUCCAACCUCAUCUGAAGACUACAGAUGCUUGUGUGGCUGUUCUCGGAGUGCAUCCUAUGCAGACUUCAGCAGGCAUUGUGACAUGCAGAUCUCUAAAGCAUGCAAGAAUAUCUUGAUAUGAAAAGUCUUCGUGCUCCCAUGACCUGAGAAAUUUUUCUAAUACCGAUUUCUAGAUCUCAUCAGCUGUUGAAAUUCAGUUACAGCCAUGUACAAUCAAAUUCAUUUUGUAAGACACACUGAACUGCAAGGCCAUGAACAGAAAAAAAAAAUGAUGCGCAAUAAGUAUUUGAAUCAUAUCA